AUGAAUUCAUCAGUGGAGUUGGCCUGGACAUGGCUCCCUAGGAACUUAUCAGAUAUGAUUGUGGACAAGUUAGAUUCACUUUCCGAUUAUGUUCGCUUUGGUGCUGUCUGCAAACCAUGGCAAUUUGUGGCAUUGGAGAACAAAGUUAAAUUUCUUGAAAGAAAAUGUUAUGUACAAGUUCCAUUGUUGAUGGUCCCAACAAAAGAUAAUAGUGAAGAAUUUCGCAAAAACACGGGUGUAACUCUAUUAAACCCCUUCUCUGGUUCUACCAUUGGGCUUCCUUCCAUCAGGUACGUCUCAAAAUUCGAGUAUGAUGAAAGCGAUGAAAAAGAUAUUGAGGUCGGAUUUGAAUACGAAUAUACUCCAUGUGAUGAACUUGUUUUAGUUGAGUUCCAAGUUCACAAGGCUAUAUUGUCGGCUGACCCUGCUUUGUCUCCGAAUGACUGCAUAGUUACCGCCAUCUAUAGUGGUCGUCGCCAAUUGGCAUUUAUUCGACCUGGUGACAAAGAUUGGAGUUAUAUAGAAGAUGAAUUUAAAUCAAUCUUUGAUGUCAUAUAUUAUAAAUGCAAGGUUUUUGCAGUUAAUUAUUGGGGUGUAGUUUUAAUGAUUGAUGAUAAUAGCAGUAGGGGUGCACAAAGGAACCGGAACCGUUUUUUUCGGUUCUCACGGUUCCGAUUUCGGUUAAAAAUUUAG